AUGGGUUUACAUGGGAAGAAUGUCCUACUGACUGGCGCCUCUAUGGGCAUCGGCGAAGCAAUUGCCACCGCGCUGGCCGCCAAGGGUGCAAACUUAGUCCUCUUGUCUAGAUCGGAGGAGAGACUCAGUCAUGUUGCAAAGAGCCUAUCAACGACCAACUCGGGCAUCAAGGUCAUUUACCGAGCAGCUGAUAUUGGCAAUUUCGAUAUGGUUGAUAAGGCAGUUGGUUCGGCCAUUGAGGAGAUCGGCGACAUUGAUAUUCUUAUCAACAACGCCGGUCUCGCCCUAGGAGCUCCCGCCAGGUUCCCGGACCUGAAGAUCGAGGAUAUUAUCACCAUGUCAAACACAAACAUCAACGGUAUCAUGUUUGUGACACACUCGGUACUCAACAGGUCCAUGAUGAAGCGAAAUCCCGGAAAGGGCACCAUUCUGAACGUCACUUCUGUUACCGCGCAUGAAGUCCCGCCGUUCCCGGGCGAGGCGGUGUACCACGCCAGCAAAGCCUUCCAGGAGGGCUUCACCAAUUCACUCCGCAACGAACUAGUGGAGACCGAUAUCAAGGUACUAGCAAUUAGGCCUGGUGUUGUUGCGACUCACUUCCAUACGCAGCGUGUGGGAUUCGAUCAGGACCAAUACGACUCAUUCGUUGAUGGCUACGAUCCGCUUGUUUCCGAUGACGUUGCUCAGGCAGCUGUUUAUAUGCUGGAGCAACCGGAGACGGUCUCCAUUAAGGCUCUCGAUGUCGUUCCUACAGCUCAACGCUCACUCACCGUAUUCGAUCGCACAUGGAGUCAACGCAGCCAUCAAUAA